AUAUUCUGGAUUUUAGUCUCAUUGGUUUGUGAAUUUUAUGAAUAAGAAUGCAAAGUGAACGUUUUAUUGUUAAGUUUAUAACAGUGAACAAUUGUUUUGCCUAUUUACCGGAUACUUGGCUACGUAAAUUGGAAACUAAGGAGAAUGUAAUCAAAAUAAUUCACAAAGAUAAAACGCAUUAUAUGUCAUGUAACGUAAGGCCAAAUCUUAAUGAAAGUUUGUGCAUUGGUACAACUUUUGCAAGAAGUUUGAACAUCGAAGAAGGUGACGAAGUAAUUGUAUCGUUCGUGAAGAAUGUUCCAAUUUUAAUAAAAAUAAAUGUCGCACCUCUCACCGCGAACGAUAGAGAAAUUUUGGAAUUACAAAUAGAAAAAGUACAAUCUACAUUGCUUAGUCAAAUACGAGUGGUAGUAGAAGGUCAACCGAUCGUAGCUUGGGUUUCAAGAUUUUCUUACGUAACCUUAAUCGUAGAAUCACUGGAACCACCAGUGAAAUAUGGCAAACUCGAACAAUUUUCGGAAAUACACGUUGCCGAUACGGCAGUGAAUAAAAAGGAUGACGAUUCGAAUGAAAACGGCAAGAAAACAUCCCAUAUCGCGAACAAUUUGCUUUCGGCAUUCAAUAAAUUUUUACCAAUUACAAAUGAUCGAAAUUCGAUCAAAAGGAAAGAUGAAGCGAUCAGAAAUUACGAGCUGUUGCAUAGUUUUAGCAACAGAAAAUUACCCACGAUAUGCCGUGUCCAUCCAAUGCCUAAAAUGGAUACGAUCGAAGGAAAUAUGUUCGACGAGAUUGCACGUUGUCCUUAUCACGUGUUCGUUCCGAGUGAUCAAGCAUCAGAAUUCUUGGAAAAUUUUGGGAUAGCUCGCAUAAAAAAACUUCCAGAGGACAAGCAAUACGUGAACAUAACCAACACGAAUUUUCUUGUAAAAGACGAGUCUCCUGUUCCAAAUCUUUUUACAGAAUUGAUAGUGAGGGUAUACACUUUGGAGGAUUUGUUAGAGAAAACCAGCACGUUGAACGAAGAACAUUUUAAUAUUAAUUUACGUCACAAGAGCGUGUACGUGUCGGACAGUUUGAGAAUCAGUUUGAAGUUAAAAGUAGGUGCAAAGGUGAGCUUAACGUUGAUGGAUAGAACUGAAAUAUCUGUACCGUCCUCCCUUGAAUUAUUUUCGUGGAGAGAUUCGGUAUCGGUGAAAGAUUUCGAGGAUUACGUUAAAAAGUAUUCCCUUCAUAAUAAAUUGUUGAUUAACUCUUGUGCUGUUAUUGUAAUGGAUAACGGGAGUUCUUGUAUAGUGAAAAUUUCAUCGGAGGAUUGCAAGUUUGCCGUGAUCGACGAGGCCACUUUAAGGGAUACGAGAGUGCGUAUGAGGUCAGUGGAGGAAAAGGAUCAGUUUCGAGUGUUUGACAAGUUGGAUCAAGAAUAUUCUCGUUUAGAAAAAACGUAUACGAGUCACUUGACGACAGUUUUAACGGAAUGUCGAUUAGCGUUAGAUCUCAGUCUAGGCUUACAAACACAAUUACCUUUUGAAUACAAUCCUGAAAAUAUUUUAAUUUCUGGCGUGGUUGGUUCGGGCAAAACUGCCAUUUGUAAAAUAAUCGAGGACAUUAUGCGAAGUCCACCGUAUUUCGUGCAUACUCAUACGAUUGAUUGUAGAUCGUUAAAAGGGAAGAAAGUAGAAAUGUUACAAAAAAUUAUUAUGGCUGCUCUGUCCGAAUGUGUCUAUUAUCAACCUUCGAUAAUAUUUCUGGAUGAUAUAGAAGCCAUAACGAAUGCAUCGAUGAACGAUGAAGAGAACACACCUGAUGCUUUAAAUGCUGCCAGGAUAACAGAUAUGUUAAAUAACACGGUGAUGCAAUAUCAAGAAUCAUAUCAAGUGUCAUUAAUUGCAACGUGUACAAGUAUUAACAGGAUAGGUCAGAAAUUAAGGCCGGCUAGGGGUUGUCAUUUUUUUAGGACUGUUUUAUCUAUUCCUAAUUUAGAAAAGGCGGAUAGAAUCAAUAUUUUGCAAUUAAUGCUCGGAGAUAAGUUGUACACGCCUGGAGACGUGAAUUGGGAUUACUAUGGAAACAAGACCGAAGGGUGGGUGUUUCAAGACCUCGUGGAUAUGGCUAAGAAAGCUACGUUCGCUGCUUGGAAGCGUCACGAUUCCUCUAAGCCUCCCAUCGUGAUCGAAGAAGAGGACAUGGAGGUCGCCCUGAAGAAUUACACGCCGAUGUCUCUACAAGAUGUGCAAUUGUACAAAGGCACGGGCCACGUUUGGUCAGAUAUUGGUGGUCUGACCGACGUGAAAAGAUCUCUGGUAGAGAUUUUACAGUGGCCGUUGAAAUAUCCUGAGAUAUUCAAGAAUGCUCCUAUCAAACUGCAAAAUGGCAUUUUAUUAUAUGGCAUGCCGGGAACAGGGAAAACAAUGCUGGCCAAAGCGAUUGCCAACGAAUGCGGUGUUAAUUUGAUCAGUAUUAAAGGCCCGGAAUUAUUGUCAAAAUAUAUCGGUGUUAGCGAGGAGUCUGUUAGAAACGUAUUCGAGAGAGCUCUUCGUGCCAAACCGUGCGUCUUGUUUUUCGACGAAUUCGACAGUCUCGCUCCAAGGCGAGGCCACGAUAGUACCGGUGUCACCGACAGAGUGGUGAACCAAUUAUUAACCCAAAUGGACGGAGUCGAGGAUAGAGAAGGUGUUGCGGUUGUGGCAGCCUCUUCGAGGCCAGAUUUAUUGGAUCCAGCCCUGUUGAGACCUGGACGUCUCGACAAAGCGUUGUAUUGUCCUCUUCCGGACGAGGCGGACAGAGAGGAAAUUUUGACCGCUCUCUGCAAAAAACAGAAAGUAGACACGACAGGAUUGGAUUUAAAAGAACUGGCCAUUCUCACUUCAGGCUUCACCGGCGCGGAUUUGAAUGCCGUGCUGACCCAAGCCAGAUUAUCAGCCUUAGAGAACGCGAUUGCGAACGUUUCCAACGGAAAGAUCGAGGCAGAGGACAUUAAGAUUUCUCAGACGCAUUUAAUCGAUUCCAUCAACUCUACCCAUCCCUCUUUGCCUCGUGCCGAAAAAGAGAAGUACAGAAGGAUUUACGCCAAAUUUGCGAAGAAUGACAAUUUUAUGGAAGAUAUAACGAAGAAUCAGAAGGCUACUUUGGCAUGAAUGACACAACCUCAAAUAAUAACAACACAUGGAUUAUCUAUCUAUCGAAUCUAUCCAUCGAAAUCGAAAACGAUUUGCGAAAUUGAUAAAUUAUCAAAUUCUCCACGAUCGUUGAAACCCAGAAUGCCUUCAGAUCUCGUGAAAGACCCGUGGCGCCCCUAACUUUUCUUUUAUCGCACGUAUAUAUAACACAUAUACGCGAGACUUGAGAUCCGCGGAGCGAACAUGGAUGGGAUGGAGGGGUUCCGCGAGUUUUCCUCGUUAUAACCGUGCAUAAGCGUAAUCCGGAUGCCUUCUUCGCCUCUCAAGAAACUCGCAGCCUCCUGGUCGUUGCACGCCAUGCUGGAAGCUUAACAGCGGCACGGAACUUUUCGUAUUAAUAAUCGGUAUAAUAAUUAGUAUUUUCAUGCGCGACUUAGCAGGAAGGACGUGGCCGCAUGCGAGGCGGGGAACGAGGCACGGUGAAAGGGGCGAGGUGGUGGCGAGAGAGACGAGAGAGAAAGAGAGAGAGAACGGAGAGAACUUCGGUGGAUCUUGAUUUUAAGUUCCAGGCGAAGGAGGCGCAUAUUUCACCGCGCUAAUGUCCCGCCAGAUAAACUACAAUAUUAGCUGCCUUCGCCCGUGAUUUAAUUUAACUUUGCCCCGGCGCGACAUCCGCCUCUAGCUUUCGGCUGCCUCCCGCUUCAGCCUGGUUAACCGCCCCCUCCCCCUCCCGCUCGACCACCCUCGCCGCGUCGACAUGUGUUUCUGGUUUAUAGUUUUCGAGGCCUGCGGAUAAGCGGAUUCCGAAGAAAUUACGCGCUCGUUUUGAAAUAAUAUAACGCUCGAGGUUUUCGAUUUUUGGAUAGGCGGUCGAUAGGCGAGACGCGAGAAUAUUGAUCUUUUUUUUUUUCUUUUCAAAAAUCGAAUCGACCUUUGGGAAAAUAUUUGUCCGUUUGCGCGUCUCGUGAAAUUCGACGAAAAUGGUUGAAGUUAGUUCACUCGUGAAGGAUUAAUGUUUCGGAUUUAGGUUGCGUGAAAUUUAACAUUGCAUUCUGUUAGACGAUAUUAGAAAAAUAGAAAUACGAACAAUUCGUCUUUCGUUGCUGCGACAAAAAAUUGAGCGUCUCGGUUAAAGUCCAAGUGAAAGACGUUUCCAUUGCUAGUUCCCCAUGGCAUUCAUCAGAAGCCAUUACGCGACACAGAGAGCCGGUGAACGCGGAGGCAAACAAACUUGCACUCGCGAUUAUUCGGGGAAGAAUUAGGAUGGCAUUCAUUCCUGUUGGAAAUCAUGUUGGCAUUGUCGCCGUGUCCUUUCGAAAGCCUCUACGUUUCUUCUUCUUCUUCUUCUUCUUCGUCGUUGUCGUCGUCGUCGUGACGUUUUCUUCUUCUUCUUCUUCUUCUUCUUCUUCUUCUUCUUCUUCAAGACGCCCUCGACGUCGAAGAAAAGUGGCGAUGGAUGGCGUAGGGGGUGAUGGAAGAGAGGGACGGAGAGUCAAGUUUUCGAAUGUCAAGGUAACGAGAUUAGCACGACGAGAAACGGUAAUCAGGAAUAAAAAUGCUACGACCGACGGCAUUUACGCUAACUAAUCUCCUUCAGGAGGCGAGGAGGCGCUAACGGAGUUAGGAGCCAGCCAGCCCCGCGUUUCCACGAGGUUUUCGUCGCUCGGCCGGCUUGUUAGCCGGAUAAUUGGCCAUUUUUAUGCUAAGCAGACCCGCAGCUGUUACGCUACCUCCCAUUCUCGUUUACGCUUUUCUUCUAGCCUCUCUUACCUCCGAUUGAUCGUCCCCGGUUUUGUCUUCUCCGAGAGAGUUUGUCUCUUCGAGUUGAAAUUUUUACGAAAGAUAUAUAUAUAUCGCAAUUUUUCAAUAAUUUUAAAUUUAGACUCUGCCGUAAUUCAAAUUUAAUUUCUUCUAAAUCAUUUUUCAUUGAUUCGAGGUUCUUUAUAGGGCGGGAAAAAUGGCAAAGGAUCUUCAAUAUCUUUUCGAUAACCUCUGAUUGAGUCGUUCUUUUACAAAAUUCACAAACUUUCGACUUUAUUUCGUAGAAUCGCUUUUAAAAUCGUACGUUUCGAUUCGCGUGCUCCUUCUUUUACACCAUCGGCUCCCUUUCUCUCUAUCUCGCGGCCGGUACACGAUAAGGGGGUAACGGCGGUCUGUGGUAAGGCGAUUACCGAAUCGUGGAAAUACAUUUCUCUGGUCAAAGUAUCAGCAGCCCACCUUUGUGCCGGGAAUCGCGACGAAGGAUGCUCGAACAAUCGCGAUUGUUCGACAAAGCGAAAUUAAACGGAUAUGAAUCCAAAUGCAGGAACGAAUUUCAUAAAAAUGCGCCAGAUGAUGAUGCCAUCGUUUUCAGACUAUGGAAUAAUAGUCUCAGAAUAGUUAAUUUGGGCGAAAGAUUGAUUCUAUAUUUCCAUAUCUGAUAUUAAAUAACGAAAAAAGUCAUAAUUAAGUGAGCUGCAAAUAAAAUUUUUAACUUUCGAUAUUAUCUCAAUUUUUAUUUUAAUUAUAAUCGACAACAACCGUAACGAUCUUUAAAAUAAAAAUAAAAAUUCCAAGUAAUCGCAUUAUACUAUUACAAUUCUCUUCAUUCGUAUGAAAUUCCAUUUUCCAUACGAAACUUCGGUAAAAUUUCAAAACUUAAAGGAAUCCAUCCAGGAAAGAUUUUCAGAAUUUCGCCAUGGAAGGUGGCCGUCGAAUGCGCAGACGAAUCACAUUCGCGGUCGACGACGAUACGAAACAAUUUGGCGCGGCUGCGUUUCGAUCCCGGAAUUACGUGGGCAGGCACGGUCGGGGGGAGGAGUUUGGCGUUGCAAAAAUACAGGAUGGAAAUGCAGAACAAGGAGGCAAAAUCCAUCUAGUGAUUUCACAGGCAAUUAUGCCGUGGCGGCGCGCUGGCUGGGUUACUCUUAUUUAACGCCAAUGUGCGCCGAGAGCACGCUUCAACGCCCUUGCACCGCGAUCCCAUUUGCGCGAAAUUGUCAAUGAUAGAAUGGCAGAUUGAAAACUCGACAUUCAGCUUACCCCCUUUUCCGCCACGUUCUCGCCUUUUUCCAACUAGUCCACACUAUAUCCUUCGCGCCAUCUCCUUGUCAAUUAUUCCCAGGAUCGAAUCGCGAAUUUUGUCCACGUUUGUUUCGUGAUACGAUGAUAUUUAAUUAUGCGGACGAUGGAAUAAGAUUGAAUAAGAUCUAACGUAAGGAUAUUCCGAAUUUUAUAUUAAUUCGAAUCGAAGAAGAAUCAAUGACGAUUAAGUUUAAUCGAUGUUUUCCGAGAGAAAUGAAACUGAACGGUGUUGUAAAAAUUGACACAUGGUCGGAGAGGGAAAAUCUAAAGUCGUGCUUGGAGAACAAACGUUCUCGGCAAACACGGGGGGUUGCGAGUUUGGAGGUGGGGGUGAAAUCAUCGGAACGCGAGAGAGUUUCUCUAAUAAAUUGCACUCGAAACGUGGUCGAUCUCUCCAAAGUGUCGAGGAUAUCUCGAGGUGUCGGUUGAAUCGAAUGAAAAGAAAGCAGCGAUAACUCGAUUAUCGGAGACCCGGAUAAAUAGAUGGUGGCCAAUGCGCUUUUACCAGGAACGACUCGUCGUCCACUCGAGCGCACGUAGAAUAGCCAGGAAGCUGUAUCACGAGGCUGUCCAUCGUUUCCGUUUCUAUUGUUAACGUCAUUUUUCUCGUUAAAAUUACAAUUAUCGCAUUCUCUUUAGAUUCGAUCAAUACGUGUCAAUUUUUUCCUACAAUUUUCUAACUUAUAUUUACACGAAAAUUCAAACGGUUGUAAUUUCGAAGGUAACGAUUUCUAGUCGAAAAAUAAAAGACUGGUAGAAGCGUUUCAUUUAUCCCGAUACGUCGUUUAAAGACAAUGGUAAUUUUUAAUCGUUUACCUUAAAUCCGAUUAACUCUUUCCGAUUAAAAGAUAAUAGUUUCCUGCCAACAAAUGAAAGACCAUUAGAAGCGCGGAACCUUGCUCUUUAAGACGCUUUUUUAUUUAUCCCGAUACGAUUUCCGGUUCGCGAGAUAUCGUCGUGUGAAGACAAAGGUAAUUUUUAGUCCUUUACUAUCCCCGUCUUUGUCGCUUAUUCGGACCUCUCGCUCGCACCGACCUAUCUCAAACUGCAGACAAGCGACAGACGCGAUUCCUGGAAGUAGUGCACAUUUCCAAGAAAAAAUAGGCCGCGUGCCCAUUCACACCUCUUGCAUUGUCUCAAGUAUCACGGCAACUUUGAAUCCUUGUGUCUCGGCAAUCGAUUGAGAUAUCGGGAUGAACGAAAAAGUGAUCUGAACGGCACGGUUUCCUCUAUUUUCUCAACGAAUUUCGAUGACGAAAAUUCUAAAUCUUUUGAUAGGAUUUAAUACGCGAAUAAUACGAAUUCUCUUACGAUAUAAUUUUCCUACUCUUUCGUAUUUGUAUCCCUAACAAACGGAAAGAUAGAUUCAUAGAUAGAGAUAUAGUACGUCGCUUGGCCACUGGUUGGACCGCUUUUCCGUUGAAGGGUAGCCGAUCCACAGAAGAUCCUUUGACAGUGUACGCCGCUGUUGUGGGCGCAGCUUUCGGCCACGCUCUCUCUCUCUCUCUCGGCCACGAUAUUUACGGGGCGUUGAGGCGUGGGUAACGCUGUUUGCCGCAAUUUCUUGUUUCCAUUAGGUUGGCCGGCCUGCGGGCUAAAUUCCACCCUCGCAGGCCCACCCACCCUUCCUGCGGGCUGGGUUGCGCAACUUCGACGGCGGCGCGGGGCGAAACGACAGGCCACCACUGUGAACGAGAGAGAGGGGGGAGUAGUGGAGGGAUCAGGCGACGAGCAGGAGGGAAAUGGUGCACACAGAGAGGCCUUGGCUUCAACUGUGCGCGAUCAAAUGACGCGCGCCAGCGCCCACAAUAACGGCCUCUUCACGCUUCGCUCCGAUCCUAUUCCAAUCCAGGCCUCGAACCCCUCUCUGGAUGCCGUUCCACGAUCGAGGAUCGAGAAUCAAACUUAUGGUAAACUCAUGGCUGCGGGACGGUCUCGCUCGUGAUCGGUGUGCAUCGAUUUCGCCUUUGUACGUGGCGAUUUUUCGAAUUUUAGAUUUCGUUUCGAUCCGUCAUGACGAUUUUUAAGGAAACUGGGGAAUAAUUAACGAGGACGAAUCGCUCUUGGAGUACUUGAAGAUGUUAAAUAUUCUUUUCAACGAUAUUUGAAGAAGAAACGAAAUAAUUGGACAAAAACGAUACGCGAGAUUUCUACGUUAAUUUAUCUGAAGAAUAUAUUAAUUUCCUCUAUGAAUAUUCAAUUGCAAAUUAACGAUUUCACAAUUCGUACCCUCCCCCUCCGCCCCCUUUUAUAACUCGUUAAACGCGAUUACAAAUAAUUCCUUCCACAAUGCUUCCAAUUUCACUCGUCGUCCACUGUAUUCUGACAA